AUAAUGUUUACAUCGCCCACACACACACCCUUUCUUGAACUUUGACCAAGUUCUUCUUCCUAAAAAAGAGGAGCGAAACGGUGGAAAGGCCUUGAAACAGCAUCUUUGUAAAGGUUAAAACCUUUUCUGGUCUCAGUUAGAUUGAUGUCGCAUUCACAAGAGCCCAGUAUGCAUCGAAUGAAUGCUUUGUUAGGUCAUCUUUCCCGGGGAAUUCAGCAUGGGAUCCCUGCUACAGGGACCGCUGCAAGACUGCACAGCUGUACCCCGACACUGGCGGCGGCAGGCGGGACGGUUCAGCGGCGGGCCGUGGCAGAGAGGAAGAAAAAUACAGACGAUGUGGUGGUUGUGUCAGCGCUGAGAACGCCCAUCGGGAAAGCCAGAAAGGGUUCAUUUAAGGACACCCGCCCUGAUGAUUUACUGGCUGCGGCUUUCAAGGGGGUGCUGGAUGAGACCAAGAUCUCCCCGGACAGGCUGGGAGACAUUGUUGUCGGGAAUGUGCUGUUACCAGGGGGAGGGGCUAUUCAUGCCAGGUUCGCUCAGUUCUACAGUGGUAUCCCAGAGUCAGUACCAAUCAACACAGUAAACAGACAAUGUUCUUCAGGUCUUCAAGCCUUUAUGAACGCAGCAGGAGGCAUCAAGAGUGGCGUUUAUGACGUGGCAAUGGCUAGCGGAGUUGAGUCCAUGUCCCGUUCGCCGAUGUACCAAGGCGAAGACCUCAACCCUAAAGUCAUGCUUGAUCAGACCACCAAAGAUUGCCUGAUUCCCAUGGGGAUAACGUCAGAAAAUGUUGCUGAGAAAUUCGGUGUGACAAGACAGCAACAAGACCAAAUGGCCUUGGAGUCUCAACUCAAAGCAGCAGCUGCACAGACAAAAGGUUAUUUUGACCGAGAGAUCAUUCCCGUUACAACAGUGAUCAUCGAUGAGGCGGGGCAAGAAAGCCCUAUCACAGUGACCAAGGAUGAUGGUGUACGUGGUAACACGACCAUAGAGGGCCUUGCUAAACUCAAACCAGCAUUUUCCCCAGAAGGCACUACCACAGCCGGAAACUCCAGCCAGGUGAGUGACGGAGCAGCAGCAGUGCUGGUAGCAAGUCGACAGGCUGCCGAGUCUCUCAACCUCCCUGUGAUGGGUGUCCUAGUAUCCUACGCUGUGGUGGGUGUCCCACCGUCCCUCAUGGGCAUCGGACCGGCCUACGCCAUCCCAGAGGCCCUUAAGAAGGCGGGCUUGACGGUCGAUGACGUUGAAAUCUUUGAGAUCAAUGAAGCUUUUGCAAGUCAGGCGACAUACUGCGUACAGAAGCUCGGCAUUCCCAUGGAGAAGGUUAAUCCGAAUGGUGGCGCUAUAGCACUGGGUCAUCCGCUUGGCUGCACAGGGGCACGACAGAUCGGUACACUUCUUCACGAGUUGGACCGCAGGGGUAACAGGGCCUAUGGUGUAGUGUCCAUGUGUAUCGGUACUGGAAUGGGUGCUGCAGCAGUUUUCUACUACCCAGGCAAAUAAAGAAACAACACCAAAAUACAAAGAAGUGGUACCAGCAAAAAUUACCUUGCUACGAACAGUAUGAUACGACAGUGUUCUGUAUAAUUAUGACGUUUCACUGGACAUGUAUUUGUAUAUGUAAGCAGAGACAGAAAUUAAGAGGGGUCAGGCAAAUGACCCCCUCAUGUUCAAAUACACCCAAUACACUCAUACCCAUUCCAUUUUGAGAUGCAGUACAAUAUAUGGACGCAUACGGACAAACACCUUGUCUGGGAUGUAAGCACUAGGCAAAUAUUGAACCCAAAACCUCUCAUACGAGAGUCGGGGGAUCUUUACCAAUGUACUGCAGUACACUCUUACUUAAGUAUUCUGUUGUCUACCUUUAA